CAUUCCAUUAGUUGAACUUGUUGAAGUCAUGAGAAGAGUGUGCAUAUUUGCCCUUUAUUGCCUUCUGAAAUCUAACUUGGCAGUAGUUCGAGUCGAACAUUACUCUCCGGGACUUUUUGAUUUGAAAGCGUUCAUUAAAACUGAAGAGAUCGUUUUGGCAAAGGACUUGAAUCAAUGUGGGACGUCUUGCGCCAAGCAAGGUGGAACGAAAUGUAUGGCAUUCAUGUGGUUGGAUAACAUUUGUUCAUUGGGGAUCGUGAAUCCAAAUUUGAAAGCAGGAUCCGUGGUCGUGUAUGCUCAUCCAAAUCUUCAUCCCAGGCUGGCCUCUAAGAAACCAACUACAAUGACUACAGUAAAUUCGACGACGACGACAACAACAACUUCGACCGGAACAACAACUUCGACCGGAACAACAACUUCGACAGGAACAACAACUUCGAUAGCAACAUCGACAACGGCAACAACAUUGACAUCGACAGCAACAUCGACAACGACAACGACAUCGACAUCGACAACAACAUCAACAACGACAACGACAUCAACGUUGACAACGACCUCCACUACCACCAUCAGGCAAAUAGUUCCAUUCUUACCCUCCACGGAUUUCCCUUUCCUUUGUUCCCAACGCAAAUCUGAGGAAGUACAUCUCGAUAUUCUCGAAUGUAAGCACUAUGGGAAUAACGGGGAAGCGGAAAAGGGCGAGUGCCCGUCCAAUAAACUAAAGGGUCUAACCAUCACUUCCGGAGAAUACAUCCAAAUCGAAUUGGCCAACAAAAUGGACAUGGAUGCUUUUGUGAUUGAAAUCGUCAAUGGCUAUCCUGAUGAGAUUGAGGUACACUUUCAAAAAGAGCCCUGUUCCCUACCGUCCACUUAUACCUUCAGUCACAGCCUUCCUCAUCGUCAUCUUGGAGGGAAUUCACAUCUAUACAUGACUCAAUCCGAUUUACACGUAGAAAAGUGCCUUACUCUAAAGUUUAGAAGAAUGGACCAUCUGGGCACCAUUGCGUCAGCAAAAUUCAUAAAAAAAUGCACAGACAAGGCCGAAUUUGACAAAUAUCUGGAAAGCGACCGUAUUUGGUUAUGCCGGUCAAUUCGGAAUCGAGUCCGUUAUUUUCGUUUUUCUUCCUCAAGUGAAAAUGAUCCCAGCAAUUUCGUGCUCGAAUGGUGAUGAUAUCAAAAGCGAAAAUCCCAUCACUUGCUCAGGAUUUGAUUGCUCCGAUAUCUUUGAUGACAAGCUUGCCACCGGAGUUGCCCUUCCUGAAGCAUACGUUCAACUCAACCUUGGCAAUCC